UCACAACCUCACAGUAGUUCGUGCAGCCAGCAAGCGGUUUGCUCUCAGUGUAGCAGAGGAGGAAAUUGCUCCCCGUCUGAUAAGACCACAGUGAAGAAAGGACGCAUGCCGUUUCAGAGGAAUACGGCUGAUUCCCAGAAAUGACCAUGUAUUUGUGGCUUAAACUCUUGGCUUUUGGCUUUGCCUUUCUGGACCCAGGAGCGUAUGUUACAGGACAAGCCCAAAAUGUUACCACUCCUGAACUGAAAGCAACAGAAGAGGCCAGAACUCUGCCUCGAAGUGACCCCUUACCUGCUCGCACCACUGCAUUCACACUCGCAAACACCUCUGAACAAGGAAAUGACUCCUCAGAGACCACUUCUCCUCCUAGGCCCGUCAACACUUCAGCUGAAGUAUCACUGAACUCUUUGGAUAAUGCCAGUGCUCCUGGUGUGACAGGUCAUGCUCCUGGUGUGGCAAGUGAUGCUCCUGGUCUGACAGGUCGUGCUCCUAAUGUAACAGGUGUCGCCCCAACCCCGACGUCUCACCUUCCCACGCACGCAGACUCGCAGGCGCCCUCUGACGGAUCUGACACUCAGACACCCAGCAGCCAGGCUGGCCCUCUCACACGCACCCCUGCUCCGGGCAGGAAUGAUACAUCAGGUGUUCCAGAGGAGAGAAUUACAACCACCACCUUCCCUGCAGACACAAUUUUGACAUCAGUAGCCACCCUCAGCCCUGCACACAGCAGCUCUGCUGCCUUACCUGCACGCAUCUCCAGCUCCACCACCAAAGAUAACUCCUCAGAUCCGAGCACUAUGCCCACUGCACCAUCCUCUCUGAGCACUGCAGCAAGCACGGCCUCUACAGCCGCUUUCACAAUAGCUCCUACUACACCUGGGCCAUCAUGUGAUGAAAAAUAUGCAGGAAUCUCUGUGAACUACAGAUAUAACCAUACAAACCAAUCUUAUGAUGCAGAACUAAAUGUCACUGAUGAAGUAAAAUGUAACUCUACUGAACCUAAUAGAACUAUUAGCUGUGUAAACAAUGUGUUCCAUGGCCUACCAGAAUGUAAAAUUUUCACUGUUUAUAUAUAUCAUAAUUCGUGUUCUUCAUAUAAAGAAUUCAAGUUAGAGGUACCACCAGAUCCUAAAAAGUUUCAGUUAGUUGAUUGUGUAGAGAACGAAAAAGCAAAUACUUCUAUUUGUUUAACUUGGGAAAAUGUUACAUGCUUUACUCGUGAAGGUGAAAUUACAUACGAAUUUCAAUGUGAUGAUUCAGCACCAUCUAAGGGGAAAACAUUUAAAAAGGAAGAUUUAGAACCCAAACAUAAUUAUACUUGUCAUUCACAAGUAUUCUAUAAAAAUCAGAAGCUUAUUGAUAAAGAAAAAAUUGUUGAAACAGAUUUUGGAAUUCCAGAAAAGCCUGGAAAACUUGACUGUAGUAAGAAAGGUGCAGAUUACAUCGUGAUUUCCUGGAAACCUCCUCAAAGUUCUUUUCAUGGUUUUUAUCUUUGUCAUAAUAUUUCAGGUCGAAAAUGCUUGCCUCUGGAUGAAAAUCAGACCUGGUAUAAUUUGGAAAAUUUGAAACCUUAUACAGACUAUAAAAUAUCAGUACAUGCCUAUGUCAAUGGAAAAGUUCAACGUAAUGGAUCUGCUGAGACAUCCACAUUUAAAACAGGCGCAGCAGCUCCAGGCAAUGUCACGAAUCUAAGGGCUUCGCUGAUUUCAGAUAAUGCUGUGAAUGUGACUUGUGAGGCUCCUGUGGAGCGUAAUGGCCCCAGCAGAGAGUUCCGUUUGAAAGUCAUAACUGGAGGUCACCGGGUUAAAGAGGAAAAUGGCAAAGACUGCUUCUUCUCUGUAAAAAAUCUUCAAUAUUCAACAACAUAUAUAUUUGAGGUCUAUUUUCAUAAUGGGGAACAUCCUGGACCUUCAACAACUGUUUCAGAAACAACAUCUUAUAACUCUAAAGCCCUGAUUAUAUUUUUGGUGUUUCUGAUUGUUGUGACAUCAAUAGCCUUGCUGGUCGUUCUCUAUAAAAUCUAUGAUCUGCAUAAGAAAAGGUCCAGCAAUUUAGAUGAACAACAGGAACUUGUUGAAAGGGAUGAUGAAAAGCAACUGAUGAAUGUGGAGCCAAUCCAUGCAGAUAUUUUGUUGGACACUUACAAGAGAAAGAUUGCUGAUGAAGGAAGGCUUUUUCUGGCUGAAUUUCAGAGUAUUCCACGGGUGUUCAGCAAGUUUGCCAUCAAAGAUGCUCGAAAAUCCUUCAACCAAAAUAAAAACCGUUAUGUUGACAUCCUUCCUUAUGAUUAUAACCGUGUUGAACUCUCUGACAUAAAUGGAGAUGCAGGGUCAAAUUAUAUCAAUGCCAGCUACAUUGAUGGUUUCAAAGAACCCAGGAAAUACAUUGCUGCCCAAGGUCCCAGAGAUGAAACUGUUGAUGAUUUCUGGAGGAUGAUCUGGGAACAGAAAGCCACAGUCAUUGUCAUGGUCACUCGAUGUGAAGAAGGAAAUAGGAACAAGUGUGCGGAAUACUGGCCAUCAAUGGAAGAGGGCAGCCGGGCUUUUGGAGAUGUUGUUGUAAAGAUCAAUGAGCACAAAAGAUGUCCAGAUUAUAUCAUUCAGAAGCUGAACGUUACUAAUAGAAAAGAAAAAGUAACUGGAAGAGAGGUGACUCAUAUCCAGUUCACCAGCUGGCCGGACCACGGGGUGCCUGAAGACCCUCACCUGCUCCUCAAGCUGCGAAGGAGAGUGAAUGCGUUCAGCAACUUCUUCAGUGGCCCCAUUGUGGUGCACUGCAGCGCUGGUGUCGGACGCACAGGCACCUACAUCGGGAUUGACGCCAUGCUGGAAGGCCUGGAGGCCGAGAACAAAGUGGAUGUUUACGGUUACGUCGUCAAGCUGAGGCGACAGAGAUGCCUGAUGGUGCAAGUGGAGGCACAGUACAUCUUGAUCCAUCAGGCCUUGGUGGAAUACAAUCAGUUUGGAGAAACAGAAGUGAACUUGUCUGAACUACAUUCAUAUCUGCCCAACAUGAAGAAGAGAGAUCCACCCAGUGAGCCAUCUCCACUGGAGGCUGAAUUCCAGAGACUUCCUACAUAUAGAAGCUGGAGGACACAGCACAUUGGAAACCAAGAAGAAAAUAAAAGUAAAAACAGGAAUUCUUCCAUCGUUCCAUAUGACUUUAACAGAGUGCCACUUAAACAUGAAUUGGAAGUGAGCAAAGAGAGUGAGCAUGAUUCGGAUGAAUCGUCUGAUGAUGACAGUGACUCGGAGGAAACCAGCAAAUACAUCAAUGCAUCUUUCAUAAUGAGUUACUGGAAACCUGAUGUGAUGAUUGCUGCUCAGGGGCCACUAAAAGAGACCAUUGGAGACUUUUGGCAGAUGAUAUUCCAAAGAAAAGUCAAAGCUAUUGUUAUGCUGACAGGGCUGAAGAGUGGAGACCAGGAAGCCUGUGCUCAGUACUGGGGAGAAGGGAAGAAAACAUAUGGAGAAAUAGAAGUUGAUAUGAAAGAAACCAACAUAUCUGCAGCUUAUACCCUCCGUGUAUUUGAACUGAGGCAUUCCAAGAGGAAAGAGCCUCGAACUGUGUACCAGUACCAAUAUGAUAACUGGACUGUGGCAGAGCUUCCUGCAGAACCCAAAGACUUAAUCUCUAUGAUUCAGAAUCUCAAACAAAAACUUCCCAAGAAGAAUGGCCCAGAAGGAAAUAAGCAUCACAAGAAUGCACCUCUCCUCAUUCACUGCAGAGAUGGAUCUCAGCAAACAGGAAUAUUUUGUGCUUUGUUGAAUCUCUUGGAAAGCGCAGAAACAGAAGAAGUGAUAGAUGUUUUUCAAGUAGUAAAAUCUCUACGCAAAGCCAGGCCUGGGAUGAUUCCCACAUUUGAGCAGUACCAAUUCCUGUAUGACUUCCUAGCUAGCACCUAUCCUGCCCAGAAUGGACAAGUAAAGAAAAACAGUCAAGAAGAUAAAAUUGAAUUUGAUAAUGAAGUGGACAAAGAAAAACAGGAUGCUAAUUGUGUUAGUCCACUUGAUGCCCCAGAUAAGGUCCAAGAAGGAAAUAAAGAGGAUGAAGGUUCUAAACCCACGAGUGAUCCCGAGGAGCCGGAACAUUCUGCCAAUGGUCCAGCAAGUCCAGCUUUAACUCAAAGUGCAUAGUAAAAGACGUAAAUGGGACAACUCAAAACCUCAUAUUAAAUGUUAUUUCUAUUUUUCUAGAAGUAGGAGAGCGAAAUAGGAACACAGUGGAUUAAUGAAUUGCAUUGGAACAAUGUUAUGGGAAGCUUUCUUUUUUUACUGUUGUAGAAAAAUAUUUAAGAUGGUUUUGCUAAAACAUUUUGUACAGUCUUAUGCUUCUUCUAAAAUUUUACCCAUCCCUCGGCAAAAUAGAACUUCUUUGUAGUCUUUGCAUGUGUGUGUGUGUGUGUGUGUGUGUGUAUCUGAGAGAGAGAGAAAGACAAUUCUUUCAGGUGGAUGUAGAUGCUUUUGAGAAACUUGGCCUUUUUAUUUUUUUGAAGAAAAAACGUUUUCUACUGAAAGUGUUAACUUAGCCUAAAGGAUCUGUUUUAAAUCAUAAAUUGCGUGUGGGUUCUAAGAAUAACAUGUACAUUUCUACAAUGACCUCAAGAUGUCCUCCUUGUUCUACUCAUUUAUAUCCUGUAGUUUACUAUUUUACCUCUAGAAAUAGGCUUAAAAGUAGUUUGUGUGUGAAUAUUUAACUACACGAAAGUUAGCAAAAUUAGCAUUUGGAAACCUUCUAUUCCAUAUGUUAGCAUUUAUUCCAACAUCUUUUUAGCCUUAUUUAGUCUAAUUUAAAAUUUUCAAGCAACCCUAUCUUAUCAUCUUCACAUGGUGUUUACAAUUUUGCAACGUGGAUUAUUCUCUGUAUAAUAUGUGAAAUUCAUUGCUUGAUACUUUUGACCCAAAAUUAUGUUUGUUACAGUUGAACUUAAAUAAAGAUCUUUAAACAAACCCAAUAUAUAUCAAAUCCAUAUGAUACAAACAGAAUCAUGGAAAUGUAUCUGUGCUAAAUAUUUGCAUAUAAACCUCAAGUAGCUAUUUUUAUGGAAUAAAGCAUUGAUGUGAGACGUAUAAUAUUACAUAGCCAUAUUUUCCAUGUUAAAUGUCCUCCUGGACUUUCAUUGAAGUGCAUUCACUUUGAAUUUCUCAAUGCUGAGACUGCUUUUAUCAGGAAUUAAUAUCAAUAAUCAUAAUAAAAUUCAAUCAUUAUCUUUUCUCAUACAUAAUAUUUUAAGUAUGUUA